GCAAGACAAAUACUAAACCGGAAAAACCCAAACAAAAUCACCCUCUCCCCGUCAAUUGUAAAAAAAAAGAAGGAAAAAAAAAAAAAAAAAACGAAGAGGAAAGAAACGGCGCUCAACAAUAUACACACCAGAGGCAGACGGGAAGAUCCUCCGGUCUCGUCCGCUCGCUCGCUGGCGUUCUUCUCUCGCGGCGAUUCUUUAAACCCUAGCUGGAACUCGGGCGAAUUCAUCUCUGAGCUCGAGCUGAUUCUCUUCCUUCUCCAUCCCUACAAAUCAUCGAGCUUCUGGUCAAUUUGUCCCUGCGAUGGUGGUCUGCAAAUGCCGAAAGGCUACUAAAUUGUAUUGUUUCGUGCACAAGGUUCCUCUUUGUGGGGAAUGCAUCUGCUUUCCAGAGCAUCAGAUAUGCGUGGUUCGUACGUACUCCGAGUGGGUAAUAGAUGGAGGGUAUGAUUGGCCCCCUAAAUGCUGUUUAUGCCAAGCUGUUUUAGACGAGGGUUCUGGUGAAACAACUCGGUUGGGUUGCAUGCAUGUAAUACACACAAGUUGUUUGGUUUCACAUAUCAAAAGCUUUCCUCCACACACAGCACCAGCUGGAUACGUGUGCCCAUUGUGUUCAAUACCGAUAUGGCCUCCGAAAAAUGUUAAAGACUCGGGAUCUCGUUUCUAUUCAAAGCUGAAGGAAGCUAUUAUCCAGACGGGUCUAGAGAAGAACCUGUUCGGAAACCAUCCAGUUUCCUUACCGCCACCACCUCCUGCAUUUGCAACUGAUCCGUUGGUGUCUAUUUCUCCUUCGCCAUUGUUGGCAAAAGAUGAUCCAAGUAACUCGGGUGAGGGAUACUCGAGUGUCGCCGGAAUGAUGCCAUCUAAGAUUUCAAUACCAGACAUUGUGGAGAUUGAUAGUUCCAGUUCUGGGGCAAAUUAUUUGAACAAUUCUAGUCCGGCUGCUCCUGUUGCAACUACUAGAAAAGGCGGUAUCCAUUACGAGAGGCAAAAUUCAGAAAUUUCAUACUAUGCAGAUGAUGAAGACGGGAACCGAAAAAAGUACUCUCGAAGGGGUCCAAUCCAACAUAAGUUCCUCAGAGCAUUGCUCCCUUUCUGGUCAAGUGCAUUGCCAACUUUACCAGUGACUGCCCCUCCUCGUAAAGAUGCUACAAAUGCUGACGAUACCCCUGAUGUACGCACAAGGCACCAGAGAUCAUCAAGGAUGGAUCCCAGAAAGAUACUUCUCUUCAUAGCAAUCAUGGCAUGCAUGGCGACCAUGGGAAUACUGUACUACAGACUCGCACAACGGGGUUUUGGGGACGAGCCAGGUGACGAGCAGCAGUAAGCCUUUUUCCAAAGGUUUGAUGAACUUCAACGACGGUCAGCUGUAUUGCUAUACACCUAGCCAAUUAGAACGGCGCCUUCUUUUUCGUUCCUUCCUUUACGCAUGUCUCCUCCAAUGUUUGCUGCUUGUGUAUGGGUGAUACGGAUGAACUGUGGGAGAUAAAGGAGGCGAUUGUAAGUGGUAAAAAGCUCAGUAGCAAAUUACUCUCAUCGGCGGAUAAUCUUCAGCUUUCUGCCCAGUUUUCUCCGUUUAAGGCAACUUCAGCCCCUCUGUUUUCUUGUCAUUUUUCCCUGUUUCGAUUUUUCGGGUCUGUUUAGAGUUGAAUUGGGUGAUCGGAUUAGGUCAAGGAUUGGAGAGCUUCAGUUUUCUCUCAACUAGCUUGAACCCAGCCUGUUGGUCGGAAUAUGUAAGUUUCUUUUUUCUCAUAAGUUACGCUCAAUGCAGAUUUGUAUUAGGAUGCAUAUAACUUAACUGAAUCCUUUUAUCCAUCACAUAAUCGAUAUAAUGGGAGUUUCCUACCAA